UAUGACUUCAGCACAGCAAUGCGAAUCAUGUCUGCCUUAACUCCUGCUCUCUUCUGUGCAAUGAUAUGUUGUUCCUUGACAGAAAAGACAACAAAUGUUUCAACUCCAAACAUCAUCAUAAUGCUCAUGGAUGACAUGGGUUGGGGGGACUUGGGGGUGUUUGGCCAGCCCUCUAAAGAGACCCCCAACCUGGAUGCCAUGGCUGCUGAGGGGAUGCUGCUUCCAAAUUUCUACACUGCGAGUCCACUCUGUUCCCCUUCCAGGGCCGCACUUCUCAGCGGGAGGCUCCCUGUCAGGAACGGUUUCUAUACCACAAAUGGCCACGCCAGGAACGCAUACACACCACAGGAGAUAGUGGGAGGAAUCUCUGAGGAUGAGAUUUUAAUACCCCAGAUGCUGAAGAAAAAGGGCUACGUCAGCAAGAUAGUUGGCAAGUGGCAUCUGGGCCACAGACCGCAGUACCUGCCUCUGGAGAAAGGUUUUGAUGAAUGGUUUGGUGCACCAGACUGCCACUUUGGCCCUUACAACAGCAGCUUCAGACCUAACAUCCCCGUCUACAACAACUCUGAGAUGCUUGGCAGAUACUAUGAGGAGUUUAAGAUUGACAGGAAGACGGGAGAGUCCAACCUAACACAGAUGUACUUGAAGGAAGGGCUUGACUUUAUACGUCGCCAGACUGUGGCCCAGCAGCCCUUCUUCCUCUACUGGGCAGCUGACGCCACUCACGCGCCUGUCUAUGCCUCCAAACACUUCCUAGGGAGGAGCCAGCGAGGCCGGUAUGGUGAUGCAGUGAUGGAGCUGGACUACAGUGUCGGUCAGAUCUUGUCAUUGCUGCAGAGUCUGGGCAUCGAAAACAACACCUUUGUCUUCUUCACCUCAGACAAUGGAGCUGCUCUGGUAUCCAGCCCAAAUGAAAGCGGGAGCAACGGGCCGUUCCUCUGCGGGAAGCAGACCACCUUUGAAGGGGGCAUGAGGGAGCCAGCCAUUGCCUGGUGGCCUGGACACAUCAAAGGAGGCACGGUGAAUUACCAGUUGGCCAGUGUGAUGGACCUGUUCACCACCAGUCUGGUUCUGGCCGGUAUCACCCCUCCCGAUGACAGAACCCUGGACGGACUGGACCUGACACCUGUCCUGCUUAGCGGCAUGCAUACACACCAAGACAGGCCAAUCUUCUAUUACCGAGGAAAUCAGCUUAUGGCCGUGAGGCUUGGACAAUACAAGGCCCACUAUUGGACCUGGAGCAACUCAUGGGAAGAGUUUAAAAAGGGCAUCAACUUCUGUCCAGGUCAGGAGGUCCCGGGUGUGACUACCCACGAGCAGAAAGAGCACACAAUGCAACCGAUCAUUUUCCACCUGGGACGGGAUCCUGGGGAGAAGUUCCCCAUCAGUGUCCUGACUAAGGAGUACCAGGAUGUGCUGAGCAGGAUCUCUCCAGUUGUGGAGGAGCAUAAACGGACUCUGGUGCCCGGUGCUCCCCAGCUCAACAUGUGUGAUAGGGCAGUGAUGAACUGGGCCCCCCCAGGCUGUGAGAAGUUAGGAAAGUGUCUCAAAGUGCCCAAGUCUGCGCCCUGGAAGUGUGACUGGCCGCACUGAGACGAUGAGGAACCAAAACCUGGAGAUGUGCCUUUCUACAGAACAACAGACAACAGUAUUUUUUUAAAAGGAUGAAUCUUCAAAUUCUUUGUAAAAUGGUUUGUGCACAAUGUUGAGGAGAAUGACGUGAGGUAAAACUAAGGGAAUAAUGUUGAUGUACAACAUUACAUUGAUUAUGCAAACUGCUUUUCACAGCUGUGAUUUUAAUGAGCCAACACAAGUUUUACCUGCUCUGGAGAAGCUCUGCAUCAAGAGCCAGACUCAUUUUGAUGAUGUAGAGCAGAUAUGGGACUGUAUUUAUUUAGAUCUAAUGAAAUUAAUUGUGCCAUGUUGGAUUAUUGGAUUAAUUCUGUGUACUUCUUGUAUGCAUACGGCAGCAUUUGUGGUUUUUAAUAAAAGUAUUUUUACUACAUUGUA